AUGGGAGGCCGAUCGGAGCGCCGCUGCAGCCGCUGCCGAUCGCUGCCGGGAACCGCCGGCGUCAGGUGCGCGCUCUGCUGGGCCGCGGCGCGCCAGCCGGUGUGCGCGCGCUGGGCGAAGAAAUGGAUGAAGGCGCUCCCCCCGCCGGCCCACCCGCGGUGCGCCACCUCCGCCGCUGCGGCGGCGCCGCCCGGCUACCCGGCGGCGCACGGCGGCAAGAGGGCGCUGCUGGUGGGCGUGGCGUACCGCUCGACGCGGUACGAGCUCAGGGGCACCAUCACGGACGUCAACAGCAUGAAGUUCCUACUCCAGACCAAGUUUGGCUUCCCCGCCCAGUCCAUCCUCGUCCUCUCUGGUACACCUACCCACAAUUUUUUAUUUUCAUAAUCUUAUUUUACAUCCCAGAAAAUUAUUAUUUUAUUAUUAUUAUUCCUAUUAAAUAACUCAAUCCCCAAUUUUCAGAAUAAAAUAGUAGUCUUUAUCUUUUUCUCUCUGAAUAAUUGGACCACAGUUCGUUAACUUGUAGUCUGGGUACGUUUUAACUCACGGGCACCUUUUACUUGCCACUCUGUCUGUCUGUCUCUCUCUCUGUAUAUAUAUAUCUAUACAUAUGUGUAUCUUAUUUUGCAUCCCAGAAAAUUUAGUAUUUUAUUAAUAUUUUCCGUAUUAAAUAACUCAAUCCCCAAUUUUCAGAAAGAAAUAAUAGUCUUUAUAUUUUUCUCUCUGAAUAAUUGGACCACAGUUCGUUAACUUGUACUCUGGGUACAUUUUACCUCACGGGCACCUUUUGCUUGCUACUCUCUCUCUCUCUAUUUAUAUAUAUAUAUAUGUAUAUUAUUUUACAUCCCAGAAAUUUGAAUAUUCUAUCAAUAUUUUUCCUAUUAAAUAACUACAUCCUGGAUUUUCAUAGGAAAUAAUAGUAUCAAUUUUUUUCUCGCCGGAUAAUCGGGCUACAAUUCGUUAACUUGUACUCUGGGUACAUUUUACCUUACGGGCACCUUUUACUCGCCACCCUCUCUCUCUCUUUCUCUCUCUCUCUCUCUCUCUCGCUCUAUAUAUAUAUAUAUAAUAUAUAUGUGAGGAAGGUCUGAAUGCUGGGGUUGUCUUUCUGAUCUGGUUGCUACUUCAGAGGAUGAGGGUGACCGAUCGAGGAUCCCGACGAGGGAGAACAUGGUGGCCGCGAUGCGGUGGCUGGUUCACGGCUGCCGCCCGGGGGACUCACUGGUGUUCCACUUCUCGGGGCAUGGAUCUCAGAAGUUCGACACCAGCAUGGACGAGGUUGAUGGCUACGACGAGACACUCUGCCCUCUGGACUACGAGAUCAGCGGCAUGAUCUCCGACGACGAGGUCAACGAGAUGAUCGUUCGGCCCCUCCCGAGGGGCGUCAAACUCCAUGCUGUCGUAGACGCGUGCCACAGUGGUUCUUCGCUUGACCUGCCCUAUGUCUGCAAGGCGAACAGGUGAUUUGCAUCCCGAAACUUCCAAAUUCGGCCACCGAUUUGUGAUUAUGACGGAUAUUUUGAUUACGGGUAAAACGAGAAUUUGAGACGCCUCCUGGUGGAUUUUAUCUUCUGUAGCAGAUGUUUGGGGAAUCUUUGCAUGGGCUGAAAAGGUUUAGCUGACGAUGCUCCUUGCAAAUUGAGGGAAAUGUAGGGUCCUUUUGCGAACCUGCUGAAUAAUGGAAUCUUGUGACGAUCAAUCAAGCACGUUUUAACCAAAGUAAGGAUGGCGAAUUCCCGAAGAACUCUAAGACUAAUAUGAUACUUGUGAUUGUCCAAAAAACUAGACAGAUUGAUGACAUGGAAACUCAGCCCACGGGAUCACUUAUUCCCAUGAUAUUUGGAGUUAUCUGCUAGAACCAUAACCGAUCAGAUUGUCAUAGUAUUGGUCCUGGGAUCUUACAUCCUCGGGGUAAUUCUGGCUUAACUGCCCCAUCGGGACACUGAUGAAGAAUUAGACAUUUCAGCUGUUUUUUAGACUAAUGGUGUUCACUUCAUAUUGUUUCGGUGAGUCACAGAAGACUAGGAGUCAUGUGCUAGUACCUUCCGCAAUUGUAUUUCUAUUGGUUUCGGACCAGAAUGCAGAUUAAAAGUCUGAUAUGUUAAGUUGCACUUUAAGUCAAAAUGUGUGCAAAAUUUCUGGCAUGCAUAUGCGUAUACACGUAAUAUUUCCUCACCCAAAAUGGUAACUUAAUUCAUUAAGUUUCUCGUGGUGGUAUGAUAUUUUUCUGUUUUCCUUUCCCUAGCGUUCUUCUGCCGGGUUUCUUCUUUUGAUUUGUUAUAAACUUUUUUAAUAUCUUAUGAAUAGCCGUGUUUCAUUCAGCGUGGGUGAUGUAUAUUUUUCUCCUCUGGGCAAUGGUUUUCUCGCAUUCAAGCCCCUAAUUGUUUUCUGCAGAAAUGGGGAUUACCACUGGGAGGUGCGCACACAUGUCAAGAAGGCAACAAGCGGUGGUCUAGCCAUUUGUUUUAGCGGUUGUGAUGACCAUCAGACAUCUUCGGAUACAUCUGUAUGUGCAUAAUUGUGCUUUGAGUUGAAUAGGAAGCGUACAUGAUGGAUAAUUUCAUUCUCAUUAAUCAAGGUCGUACCUAUCACUUGACAGUUUUAAUGCAAGUUUCUGCAGUGUUCAUCACACCUGGAUACUGUUCUCAGUGCUAGUACGUUCUAUGAGAUCAUGUUGAUGCAAUAAAAGCCAUUAUAAAUUGUAUUAAGCAUAAUUGUGUUUCAACAUAAAUAUCAUACUUCAGAUUAGAACUUCUUUGAAGAUGACUAAGUUUUAAUCAACGCAUUAUUGUAUGAUAUCUUAACCCAUAGGAUUUGACGUUUGAUAACAUCCAGAAACAGAGAUUCAUGCAUAAUUGUAUGAUUUUGUAUAAGGAAGAAGGAAAAGGAAGGGAAACCAUGCAAUGCUUUUCGCAAAAGUGGCACUAAAUGAACAGGUGACACGACCAUUAUUCAGAGAAAUCCUUGCUCAAAAACACCUGGAGAAUUGAGUUAUUAUUCGCUAAUUGUUAUGCUGUGAAAUUUCUAGGAGGCUUAUGAACGUGGAAUGCAACAGAAUAAAUGAUGCUAUAUUGAUCCAGACUCAAAUUCUCAUGCAUCGCAGGUCUUCACCCAGGAUAUCGUGACGGGUGCCAUGACUUACUGUUUCAUUCAAGCGGUGGAGAAUGGACCUGGAGUAACAUAUGGCCACAUCCUGCUGGGGAUGCGUGCAGCCAUUCGUGAAUCUAAUAGAGAUUUCUGCAUCGGUGGUUCGAUCGCUGCUCUUCUGAGAAGAGUGUUCCACACUGGAUUGACACAGGUGAUGAUUCCAACUUGAUCCGUGAAAAUGCUCUGAUUGGACUUGUUGUCAGAAAUUAUCUUUCUACCUUUGCAAGUGAAUCUCGGAGGGUUUGUGCUACAGGAUAAUUGCUCCUGGGUUGAGACGAGUGAAAAUAUUUGACUAGGUUCUAUAAUCUGCAAUUUGAGAAAAUCAUGAAAUGAUUGAGAAUCAAUCAUCCUAAAAAAAAGAUGCAUUAACUCGGUUAUUUUUAAGUUAUUGAGGAUAUACUGCUUCUUCAUCAACUUUAUUACUGAUGCACAUCGAUGGGUGCGCCAAUUACUUGAAAAAACAUCAGAUUUGGUGAAAUAAUCAAAUGCUUGAUAGUCAAUGAUCCUUAAAAAAGGGACCCAUAUUCUCAGUAAUUAAACUAAUUACUGAAGCUAUUUCGCUUGCUCAUGGUAGAAAAAUUAUAGUAGUGAUGCACAUCAAUGGAUGCUACAAUUACCCAUCGGAUCAUACUAUUGUGCAUGCAUUAUUUCCUAUAAAGCGUAUCAUAUCUCUGCAAUGUGUCUGCCAUUGAUGUUUCAGGUGCCCCAGUUGUCUUCUUCGGAGCAGUUUAACAUCUUCCAGACGCCGUUCAUCCUAUGA